AGUUUUAGAUCAUUAAUUAAAGAGAGUGAGAGCGUCGGCGACAUUUGAAUUUUCAUUAAACGAUCAUUAUCAUCAGGGCGUCGACAGCCCUAACUCCGGCCAGUCCGCUGGAAUCUUCUGCAGAGGCUAGCAUCGUUCUUUUUCCGACGGUUCUACGAUAUUGGGAUUUAGAAUCUCCCUUAACAAGAAAACACAAUGGCAGAACUUAGUCUGGGUAUAUUGAUAGACAUUCUUGAUGAGGAAUGGAUGAGAGACACACUCCGUCAUGAUGAUCUUCUACUCCCUCCUGUGCUGGUUGUUCGGACUGAUGACACCGAGGACUCGAAUCAGGAGGCUCAGCCAGUUGAUGCUGAUACCUGGCAUGAUCUUGCUCUAGGUAACCAAUGAACCUUCUACUAACUAAGGAUGGUCCAUUAUCAAGAGAUUUUCUUCAAGUUAGAAGUCUUAUUAUCAUAUUCUCUUGCUGUAUUCGCAUUGUAGAUUUUAAAAUCUCAUUAAUCCAUGUUGUAGAGGUUGAAGAUUGAUGUAGAAAUUGUUUAUUUGUGGUAAAAGAAAUAGUCUGUCAAGUACUACUCUACAUGGAUUUGCUGCUCUCUUUUGUAAUUCUCGUGUGGAGACAUGAUAUCUAUGCCCCUACACAAUUGUUAUGCCAAAUCCGUAGUGGAAAACAGUUUAGAUUUACUUCUAAACGUAGUGGUGUUCAAGGAAAGUUCUACCAUCGAAAUUGCUUUGAUACUUGAAUCAGAAAAACUUCUCAA